CCGACCACAGAUAUCAGGUGUGCGCCGGCGUGGGCUCGAACCCCGGACCAUGUGCAUGGUCGGCGAGUCCUAACCACUAUGCCACCGACGCAUAGUGGCAACUCAAGUGUCAACUGUUUUCAAAAAUGAGGUAGGUGAGUUACAAUGUGAACUGUCGAAAACACGAAAAGACCUGAAUGAGAUGAGAGAGCAACUGAUUAAAAUUGAGGAAUUACUGCAUAUGCAUAAACCGCGUCUGUUGAAUGCAGAGCAUACAAGUACCCGUGAAAGUCCUGCAAAACUUUUCAAAUCUCGAAUUCUCAAGAAGCAUCUGAUGUCCACGACUUCUAAUGUACAUUAUCACAAAGAUAAUAACUACAGACCUUCUGUUGGAAUUAUACUACAAAAAAUGGGAAAUCGAGUGGUGAAGAUAUUAGACAUCAAAGAUCACUCAGUUCAUAACGGACACCUGGACAAAGUGACAAUAAAUGAAGUAGGUCGUUCCAAUUAUAAUAUUAUUGAUUCCGCUAAUAAUCCUGAUUUUGUAGAUAAUUCAGAAAUAAGUCCAGAUAGUACUGAUGAAAAUAAUAUCACAGAAUCAGUUAGGUCGAAGCUACUUGCAAGCAAACCGAGACAUCGUUAUAAAUACGCAAGGAGAUAUCCGAGAUGCGGCGGAUGUGGUGAUUGACAAUUUCUAUCUCUGUAUUGUUUAAAAUACUUACUGUUGACUGUUGAUAUGUUUCUUAUAUGAAUUGCAUAAUAAUGCCGCUAAAUACAAAUUACUGAUUGCUGCCCUCUCUGAGUUUUGUUUGGAUUCGUGUAAUUCCGUCAUCUCGAAAUACUAAUAUUACAAGUGCAAUAAAUUACUACACUUCCAAAGGCCAAUCAGGCCUUAUUU